CGUGAAGCGAAUUUAGCGCCUUGAAGCCUGACUGGAGCUUCAUUAUUGACGCUGACAAACACACGGAACGAUCCUUUAGUUUCCAUGGCGGACCAAAUCAUUUCGGAGAAGGCCACUCGGCCGGAUUUUGUUGAGUCGGGUGAACCUGGGUACACCAAGUUCCAACAUGCCGAACUUCACGACAAGGUUCUCAACGAGGAAGCCAGGCUGGGAACGGAACAAGAGCAUGCCAUGGGCUUGGCCCAGGCUCUCAAGACCCACAAGAGGGCCGCUAUGUGGUCCAUUUUGAUCUCAAUGACGGUGGUAAUGGAGGGCUACGACGUGACGCUGCUAGGCAACUUCUUCGGAUACCCUGCCUUCCGCAAGAAGUACGGCGUGUGGACCAACGAAAAGGACGGCUAUCAAAUUACGGCACCGUGGCAGGCGGGACUGAAUGACAUUAGUGGGGUGGGCAACAUCAUCGGCGCUCUUCUCAAUGGGUAUCUGACGGCCAAAUACGGCCACCGCAAGGUUAUCAUGGGAAGCUUGGUGUUCCUGUCUGCCUUCAUCUUCAUGACCUUCUUCGCACCCAACAUUACGGUGCAGCUGCUGGGCCAAUUCUUCUGCAAUAUCCCGUGGGGUGUUUUCGCCACCACGGGUCCCGCCUACGCCGCCGAGGUCGCCCCCCUUGCGCUGCGAGGGUACCUGACCGCCUACAUCAACCUCUGCUGGUGCAUGGGCCAGUUCAUCUCGGCCGGUGUCCUCAAGGGCCUCGUAAAUAACGAGACCGACUGGAGCUACAAGAUCCCCUUCGCCGUCCAGUGGGUCUGGCCCAUUCCUCUCUUCAUCGCCGCUCUUUUGGCUCCUGAAUCCCCUUGGUACCUCGUUCGGACCGGCCAACUCGAGAGGGCUCGCCGAUCGCUGGAGCGCCUGUCGCAACCUGAGCACAAUAUCAACUACGAUUCCACCAUCGCUCUCAUGGUACAUACAGACAAGCUUGAGAAGGAGGAGCGUUCCGGUGUGACUUUUUAUGACGCCUUCCGCGGCACCAACCGCCGCCGAACUGAAAUUGCCUGUAUGGCCUUCCUGUCUCAGAUCACCGACGGUGGCGCUUUGUGCUACUCGGGUACCUUCUUUUUCCAGCAGACUGGAAUCAGUGCCGACGCUUCCUACGCCAUCGGUCUUGCCGGCACCGCCAUCGGCUUCUGCGGUACCCUCAUCUCGUGGCUCUACAUUGCCAAAUGGGGACGACGUACUAUCUGGCUGUAUGGAUUCUACGUUCUGGUUACCGUGCUCUUCAUCAUUGGGAUUCUGGCCUGCGUCCCGAAGCAAACUGUACAGAUAGCAUGGGCACAGUCUUGUCUCUGUUUGGUUUGGUUAGGCGCUUAUUCCAUGUCUGUCGGGCCCAUCGUCUUCACCAUUGUGGCCGAAAUUGGAUCAACUCGUCUCCGUACUCAAACGGUAGUGCUUGGACGUGCUACAUAUUAUAUUGGGAACAUCAUUGGUGGUGUCUUGCAACCGUACUUCAUGUCGCCCACCGCUUGGAACGCCAAGGGCAAAACUGCCUUCUUCUGGGGAAGCCUGUCUUUCCUCACCACCGUCUGGGGCUUCUUCCGUCUGCCCGAGACUAAGGACCGGACGUUUGCCGAGAUGGAUUUCAUGUUCCAAAAGGGGGUACCGGCGCGCAAGUUUGCCUCGUACAAGAUCGAUCAGGACGAGGAAUUCUUGGCUCGCGAUUGAGUUGACGUCCUAUUUACAGAAGGCGACGCUAUAAAGAAGCAUCAAGUCUCUAUAUAAAUAUUAUGAUAAUUCAUGGUUACGACCGAGCAAUUCAAGAAAGUACAUCAUGAAUAACUGGUUCAUAGCUGGAGACCAUCUCUCUCCAGACACCAUUUGGAUUAUUAUUUAU